CAAGCUGAUUGCUAUCAUACCUCCAACAGUCAUCACAAAGCACGGUCGCCAUGGAUCCAGAAGCGACCAGGAGUUCCAUUGAGCUCUGCAAUGCUCUUACGACCGAAUUCCAGCACAGUCGGCUAUACAUCCAUGGACUCCAAGAAGAAUUCCUAGUCGAGAACAAACUCGAAAAACUGGAAGCUAUCUCUGGUGGAGCCGCUAUGGCGUUGACACGGACCGAGGGAGAUUUACAAUACUACAAGAGCCAUUUCGAUAAACUGGCGAUCAGCUACACGGAAUUGGCCACGAAAGAACGGUUUCUAGCAUAUAUUGCGGAGGAAAUCCCUCUCAACAUCACCUUGGACAGCAAUCAAAAGAUGGAAGCCAAGGCUGCAAUAGCCAAAAAGGAAGAGGAAGAGACAGAGAUGAGCGUGAUUCAGUUGCAGGAUCAGAUUAGUGAGACUUCAGAGGCCGCAUGCCGAGAUUAUGAGGAACUACACAAAGGAAUCCUUGAAUUGACAAAAUCACUUAAGGAUAUACAAAGCAUGGAGAGAGAGUUGACGGAAAUGAAAAAGAUGGAUGACCAGUACAGGGGCAUGACAUUAGAGCAUUCUCAAAGGGUUCUAACAGCACAGACCCAGCAAUUGCACCAUCUUCACCAGGACUUGGAGGAGAUGACUGCCGAGAUUGAAAAUCUGAAGUGGCAAGAGACACAGCUCAAGGACAGCAACCAGAGACUUGUCACGCAGUGCAUCCAGUCCGAGUCGCAGGCCAAGGAGGCUGUCAAGAUGAGUGUCCUCCGUCGGCCCGAGAUUGAGAAAGCGUACAAGGACUGUGUGGAGGCAACGAAGCAAUACCAGGAGGGCGUCGGUCUCGAGUCGAUUCAAUUCUUACCAGAGUCCAACUCACUCAUUCUCGAGUACAAGAUCAUGCCCGAAUCGGCUACUCUGUACACUGUGAACCCCAAUUUGGUUGCGAAAGUGAACGCGCGGAGCGCUAGGAACAGGAAACCGAUUUUGACGCAGUUCUUGAUCAAGAUCCAUCCGAAGAGCGGUCGAUUGUUGUCGGCAAAUAUUGAGAAUGCAGGGUGCGAUGUCAAGGACGUGAUUCAGACGGCGAAGAUGAGAAACGAUAUUGCCUUCUUGGUAUCCGAGACACUCGACAGGGUGAUGAAAGCCCAUCCUUGACGCCGGACUUAGGGACUAUAGGAAAAAAAAAAAAAAAGCUUGUAUUCAUCUACUGUAGUACUAUAAUAUUUUUAUCCCCAUCUUCAAAACAGUGCAAAAGCAAGAUUCUUUUGGUCGUUUAAAAUUGUAUCAUGAGAUAGACAGGCAGAGAGACCAGCCGCGCGAUAUAACGAAAGCUGACCUGCGCGUCUGGGGGAUCUGGUGUCAAUAAAAAAG